UGUAAUUUAACUGAAGCAAUAAGCGAUGUUGUCUUUGAAUAUUUUCUAGUGUCAACCAGCUCCAAUCCAACUCUAUCUCCAAUAGAAGUUCUUAGUAAGGAAGCCACUGUUGCCCUUUCUGUUGUUGGAGCAAUCCUGUUCCUCUGUGUCGUCCUUGGGUUCGCCUUUAUACGCCAUCAGCGGAAGCAGAUUGUGGAGUAUCGUAAUCAGUUUUUUCCAGUAUACACUGGAAAACACCAGGUAAAAUACCAUGUAAAACGAGCUUAAAAUGAAGCCACUACAUAACAACCAGUGCCUGCUUGGAUUCUGCAACUUAUUUUGGCUGAAAAUGAUGUUUGUUGGACUGCGUAAAUUUCACACCCCUCCCAUUCCAAGAUCAUACUCAACACCUACAAUGACAACUUUAAACGCAGAAAAACGGAGGAGGGGGAUUUCUUUUACUUGUGAAAAUUUUGUCUCAGAAGAGCAAUCAAAUUAGAAAAGGGGUUUUAGAAGCAAACGUCUCUCAACCUUUGUUCAAACAUGACGGCGAAAAUAAAAUGAAUUUGCGAUCUUUCAAACUUCAUCUCGACUAACGUCAUCUCCUUUGAUAUGAGAAACGUAGGUGGCUUUACGUGGAGUAGUUGAAUUUCUAUGGACAGCCAAGUUAAAAAAGGGAAUAAUAAAAUUUAUCGUCAGUGCCGGUUAACGUCCUUCGCAAAACGCGCAUUGGGACUAAUUUUUCACGUCGUAGUCGUGCAAUUAAGUUUGAUGGCCCGUGCAAAGUUGUUGUUUUGGUUGUCAAUCCGACCUGCUACUGUUUUACCUUCUCGUUGCCGUCGUCGACUCUAUUUCGCUUAAAAUCUUUAGUAACCUUUCGAAAGUGCAGGGUUGCUUUAGUUAUGGCCACUUUACAUUCGUAUAAACCUUCAUAGUGUUGGACACUUUUGAGAAUGAUUAUACAUUCAUCAGCAUCUGAGUUGCUUGUUCGAGGCUAGUCGACAGACAUAAUUUGCAAAAUUGCAACCAUAGAUUGCUCCUCGUUUUAAAACACAUGUAUACUUACGGAUAGUAAAGAUGGCUGACAUUUUGUUCAUUUCAUUGCAUGCUACGAACCAGUCUGUUCCGCAAAAAUAGUCACGACUUUUGUUGUCGACCUACCGUGAACGAGGUGUCGAGUUUCUUUGCGGAGUGGCCAUAAAUUUAAGUCGACUUUUCAAACCUAAACUGGCUUUUGUUUAUUCUUUGACUCGAUUCAAAAUGUGAUCCAUUGCCCUGAAAUGGCCUUCUAAAUUCAGGUAAUACUCAUGAACCAAACAGUUUCCAGUUGGAGGGAAUGAACCUACCAUUGCUUAGACUAAAUAGGUCCCUAUUGUAUACGUUAAGUAAUAACAUAUUUCUUGAUUGUUUUAGAUUGACCCUAAUCGUACACUGCUUGAACAAUGUAAUGAUCUGCCUUAUGAUCCUGAUUUCGAGUUUCCUGAGGACAAGCUCAUUCUUGGGGAGUUGCUAGGAUCAGGGGCCUUCGGAAAAGUCAUUAAAGCAGAGGCUAUAGGAAUAAACAACUUUAGCCCCAGAGACAAAAGUCAAAAGAAAAGUCAGCGGCGACCUAAAAUGUUUCGUCAACACAGGGCCGGCCAUGCGUACCACGAUCCCAGAGGCAGUGCGUACACAAAGACCACCGUAGCUGUAAAGACUGUUCAAGGUAAUGUUUCAAGUCAAGAGAUCUCUAUUUCAACUUGUGUAACAUUUACCAUGGAGCAAGGAUGGCUGGUACUUGUCUGGGGUUGGUGGAGGGGAACAAAAAAUUGGUUUAUAGUUACUUUAACAGCUGAUAAUAUGCAGGGGAGGGGACGAGUUACCAGGUUAGGGUUGAUUUGGGAAUCUGUGCCUACCAGUGGAAAAAACUCCAGCCAUGCCCCUGGAUUCAGCAUGGGUGAGGUGGGCAAUUCGCAUAGGGCCUCUCUCAUGCAUGAGUACCGUUCGUGCUCAUUCCUAUUGCUGAAGCGUGUGCCUAGUUAAACUGAACGUUGCUUGUGACAUGGUCACAUGGACUCCACUAGACCCUGUGGAAACUGCACUUUUUUUAACUGACCGAGUACGAUAUUUUGGCACUUCAGGGGGAGCUACUAAAGAGGAAGUAAGAGACCUGGCAUCAGAGCUGAAAAUUCUAAUUUACGUUGGAGAACACAAAAACAUUGUAAACCUCCUUGGUGCUUGUAUCAAGCGAGAUGGUAUCCUUGUCAUUCUUGAAUAUGCACCACAUGGGAGUUUACAAAAGUUCUUACGAGGCAAGCGAGAUGUUUAUGAAGCAACCUGGACUACGACUGCGAGUGACCCAGAGAUAGGAUUGAAUAUAUCAAAUCUUGUAAGCUACUCUUACCAAAUAUCCCGUGGAAUGGAAUACCUGGCGUCUAAAAAGGUAAUGUAGUAAUGUUGCCCCGUUCAAAGAUUGCCACAUUUCUGAAGAAAAUUCAGUACUAACAAGAGCUGUAGUGGCUCUUGGUUGUAAUAGGCCUUUUUGGCUUAUGCUUUAUUUUCCCAUUUCACACCACGUGAUGUUCUCAAGGCAAUUUGCGUUUUGUCUUUUCAUAAAAUAUACAUACAUAUGCUCGUGGAUGCACGAGCAAAGGACAACUUUUGAAAGGAACGGUUCUCUGGGGUACCAUCAAGUGGUCUGAAAAGGGAAGAGAAAACAUACAAGCUAAACAGGUCUAUUCUCCAGCACUUCCUUAUUUUCUCCGUUUGACUUCAAGGAGUUUUUUCAUGAUUUAAAUCGUUCAUUCGACUCUAAAUCUGCGCCUGUUUGUUUGUUUUUCGCGUUUAACAGAGUAUGACUACUUGAACUGGGGCGCUUGAAAGAUUAUUAUCCAAUCAAAUCUUUUGAACUGACCGUUUUUUUUUUUUUUGAAAACAAGAGAUUCUCUGUUAAUGUAAACGGACCAAAAAAAUUCAAUGUACAACUAUGAAACUGUUGAUAACUUAAAAACCGUUUGAACUUACCUGACCUCUCAGGAAUUAGCCCUCAAAUUUAAUGAGAAUCUUUUGUUUUGUGUUUGGAUAAUCUAUUUCCAAAAGCUCAGCUUCGAGUAUUCGCACUGUGAGAGUUUAUUAUGAGUAAUAAGUGGUAAAAAGUAAAGUAACUCAGAGAGAGGAGACCUCAGUAGCCAAAAGCUCGCGCAAAGGAUUAGAAAAAGCAACAUGUAGGAGAAAGGUUACGGGAACUCAGAAGCGUGCGCAACAGCUGUGACAUUAAACCAGCCAUGAACCGGGAGCGAAAGAAGCGAAGACGUAAGUGUCUGUAGCGUUGGUUUCUCACUGACAAUUCAGCGUUCGAGAGUAAGUGAAGAGCAUUGUUUAACAAUGUUUAGUCUUUAUUUACUUUUACUUUCUGUAGCGUGUGCACUUCUCUGUUGGUAUAAAAAUUGUUUUUCCUGUUUUUACUGUCAUUAUUAUUAUCAUUAUUGUUAUUAUUAUUACUAUUAUUAUUAUUAUUAUUAUUAUUAUUACUAUUAUUACUUUUUAAAAUAACAAAAAUCUUUUUUAACAUAUCACCAAUUUACAUUCCACUAUCAUAUGAAAUAAAAAUAUUAAAACUAAGAUCAUAAAACACUAAUUUACAAGCCCACCCCAUUAUCGACUUUCCAAAAUUAGCGGACUUAUUAUUAUUAUUAUUAUUAUCUCCUUCUUGUUUCUGAUUUCUUGAUUUUGCAUUCCUUUUUUCAAAACAUAUCUGUUUUAUAUAGUGUGUUCACCGAGACUUGGCGGCCAGAAACGUUCUUGUUGGAGAAGACUACGUCAUGAAGAUCGCUGACUUUGGUCUCGCUCGAGAUAUUUACAAGAGUGACUUAUAUGUGAGGACAAACAGUGGUGUUUUGCCAAUGAAAUGGAUGGCGAUAGAAUCAUUGUUUUUGAGGGAGUACUCAGAGAAAAGUGAUGUGUAAGUACAAUUGACAUUUAAAAAAAAAUGAAUGAAGGGAGAAUAUGAAAAUAUGCGGGGAUCGUACUCAAGGAUGACAACUAUAUAAUUAGUGCGUAACUAGGCGUUCAAAUUAAAAAGAAGCUGGCCUUUUUGAUUACUGCAAUUAAGUUAAACUUGCCAUAACAUAGUUUUGUAGGCGCUCUCCGAUUGGCUGAGAAGUAUGUUUGCAUGCGAGUAACACAGUUAAACGCAACCAAGCAACCAUGAUUUGAAAAACUCGACAAGUUUACUUUAUUAACCCAUAACUUAGAGCCAGGGAACUUGAAAAAUCUUUAAAAACAUGCUAUAUCAAAGUUUUUACGCUCAAGACGACAUUUUAAGGGAGAACAAUCCGUCCUUUAAAAUAUCACCUUUUUUAACAAAUAAAGAAGCCUUGACUGUGCUCUGUUCUGUACGUUGUAAAGCACGCACGACUGGCAGCGGCUAGAACACGAAAGAAGUGUAGGGGGGAACCCGAGAUGUUGUCGAGUGUUUCUCUCUACUUCUUGAGUAUUACAACAGAAUAGUGCUCAGUCAAGACUUCUUUAUUUGUUUUAUGAAUAUAAAGAAUCCGUUAAAUUCCCCACACAUUCCUUUUUAAUUUUCAAAACAAUCUUUUUUUUUUUUUUUAAAGAAAAAGAGUGUCGUCAGCAUGUUUUGUACUCUCAUAAAGCACGCUUUUGCAACAAAUCAGAGCGCACGUUAUAUCUGAACUUUAUUAUAAAUGCAAAACAAAAACGUACUAAUUACACGUACAAAACUUCGUGUAGAUACAACACUUCGCGACUAGUAAGAACUGCUCUUUUCAUCAGCGCCAUAAACAAAGAGCUAGGUAGCAACUUUGUCUCGGGAAAGUAGCACCUUAGAAGAAAACUGUUUUUCUGUGGUUUGCAAUUUGUACGAAUUCUCUUAAAUUCUCCCAACAUCCGAAUCUCGUGUUUAUAUCAGGGCAUGUAAACACAGCAGAUAACGUUUUCCAUUUUUUAUAAAUAGUUCUCGAAAGAAAAAGAAUACUACUGAUGACGAUUCUUGAAUGUAGCGCUUUAUAUGCAAGCCAUGUAAGUUUUGAUUCCAAUAAUUCCGUUGUAGUGGAGUUAAUAGCAGCUUACCAUCUGUUUCCUCGAGUCCAUAGUUUAGCUUAACAGCUUACAGAGCUUUAUUGACACCCUUUUGGUUUGGAAUGACCCAGGCUGUGAUGACCCUUCGAGUGUGUAUGUUUUGAACCUUGACAUUUAAUAAUGCAGAUGGUCGUUUGGUAUUUGCUUGUGGGAGAUCUUUACACUGGGCGGCACACCGUAUCCAACUAUACCCGUAGAAGAGCUCCUAGACUUUCUCAAUGAUGGAAACCGUAUGGAAAAUCCCCGAGAGUGCCCUUCGGAGAUCUACAAAAUUAUGCAAGAUUGCUGGCAGGAAGGACCCGACAAGCGACCUAAGUUCGAUCAAAUCAGCGAGUCGAUUGGUACAAUACUUGAGCAACGCGCUUCCCAGGUGAGGCCUUUUUUCUACUGUUUUUGAGGCAAAGGAGGAACUAAGAGAACUUAUCCUCUCUCUUGUCAGAACUUAUUGUAUACCAGGUCCUUCAAAGGAAAAAAUGAAGUUUAUCAAAAGGGAAUACUAUCUUGAGUGUAUAUAUCCUUUGUUCUGAUGGGGCGAGCGGGAAUUAAGCUUUGCAGAAAGAAUAUGAAGAGAUGACUUAUACUGUGUGCUCUUUAAAAAAUUGCCAUAUUUGCAAAGACAGUGGCAGAUUUAAAUUUCUAACUAAGUGGGGGACCCGCUCGUUUAGUCCCGUAGACUGUAGUUUGGCCUAUAAAGAAGGUGGAGCCCCGGGCCCCCGUGGCCCCUCCCGUAGAUCGGCCAUGGAAUGAUAUAACAAGAUCUGCAAGCUGUUUUUUUUUCUCUAGCCUGAAGCAAUGCAGAUGCUAAAGCUAUACAGAUAAUAAUAAUAAUAAUAAUAAAAAUACGAUUCUAAAAAGUAGGUUGAGUUUGAUCGUCCGGGUGAACGUAGUUCUGAAUAGGACUGUUGUUGUUGACAGUGACUGACGUUUCGACAACCUGUGCGGUAAUCAUCUUCAGAGUCAAAGUGAGUUGUAUCACGUCAGUUGGUGGUAUUAUACUCUGGUACCAGAGUAUAAUACCAUCAACUGACGUGAGACAACUCACUUUGACUCUGAACAACAACAGUCCUAUUCAGGACUACGUUCACCCGGACGAUCAAACUCAACCUACUUUUGAAAUGACUCCUGGGUUCAAACCUUUCACAGGUUUACUAUUCUAUAAGAUCAGAGAAUUUCGACUGCCAGUUCAGCGUGCAAAGAUAGUCGUGUCCGAUAGCCCGGGGCUAGUGGAUUUUGCGAUCGGGCUAGUGAAUUCUGUGCUUAGCUUGCCCGACGGGCGAGUGAAGAUUUUUCAGAGAAUUAAAAUUACAGAAGUACCGUAAGACAAAAUGCUUUAAAUUCCUAGUAAAUUCCUGCGGACCGAAAGUCGCUCCGACGAAGUGAAAUCUGCAUAAACAAGACGAAGUACAGUGGAACCUCGAUUUAACGAAGGGCCACGGGACUGACAAAAUGUGUUCGUUAUGACCAGCUUAUUUUCCAUCUAUUUUACCAUUAUCGGGGUAAAGAAAUUCCUUUGUUACAUGGAGGACUUCGUUAUAUAGAGGUUCGUUAAAUCGAGGUUCCACUGUAUCGCAUUACAUGUGAGACGAGACAUAUUGAGAUCCCGCGCAUAAAGUAAAGGCAAAUAUUGAAAAAACUUUGGAGGUAAAUGUUGCCCGUGACUAAUUCUUACUGAUUCAGAGAAAGCUAUUUGUCUAAAUUUUGCUUCAUAAUCAUUUGUGAGGAACGUAAACAAAAGUUUUUUAUCCUGAACUCCAGUGUGAAAUUUGUCAUGGUUUUAGCAAAUAUUGGUCACGUGUGUUUCAAUAUGGUAAAUUCUAAACACUGAUACUCUACGUGUUUGCUAAUUAAAAUAUAUAGACCACAUCGUAUUGUUUUUACUUUUCACGAAAAUCUUUCAGAUGAAAAGUUGCCAGAAAUGGAACGAACAUUUUUGUUCUUUUAAAACCUAAAACCUUUGGUUUAAUACUUGUAACAGGAUAAACCACAAAUUUGGAUAAUCUUUGUUUGCAUGUUAUUUGCUCACUGAUGCGUGACUCGGCACUCGCACUUUCCACUUUCCCGUGAACUUGUAGUCUGCUACACAGCCGUUUUUAGUGUCGUCACGCAACGCUCCUCCCCACCAACGGCUGCUGAAAACCGAACUACAUUCCUUUCCCUUUAUGUUUGUGGUCUAACGAACAAACCAAUCAUGUACAAGAAAUUUGACAAUACGUGAGCCGCAGAGCGCUAGGAAGCGAGCACGCUUCUCAGUUUUCUACAAAUCAAUCAAUCGUCGCUGAAUUUAGACGGGCUCUGUGUUUUCAAGCAACAAAAGGUUACUUUGCAAAAAAGUUUAUUUUAAGCGGUCAAGAAAGUUCCAAGUGAAAAAAGGUUUGAUAGGCCUAGAAGACUUUUUUCCAGGAUCGGUUGGUUCUUCAUUUAACGUGCAUAUGUACUGAUAUGUAACGAAGAAUUUAAUGUGCCGGAUGUGCUCAUUUUGUUCCUGUGAAGACUAAACUCUCAAGGGUACUGAUUCAAAAAGCAAUCUUAUGAAUUAUCGAUGAACGAUUUCCCGAAACUAUACCUGGCAACUUUAUGAGCACAUCCAUGUUGUGCAUCGCAAUUUGCUCGACUUGCUUGCUGGUGCUGCUUAUCUCCUAAAUUUUGAAUAGGACUCGACUACGACAACACUGUAGUUAAUUGCUUGUAUUCACGCGACGAUUUUGAUUAUUCUGACAUUCGCACAUGGUGCAACGAUAAAAGCAAAGCUGUGAUUGGAGGAGUCACAGUACCGCAAAGGUGGCGCGAACACCUUUCAGAAAAUGGGAGCUGAAUUAUAAUUGGCUAAUCACGGGAAAGGAAUGUAGUUCGGUUUUCAGCAGCCGUUAGUGGGGAGGAACGUUGCGUGACGACACUAAAAACGGCUGUGUAGCAGACUAGUGAACUUGAAGCUUGACUUGGAAAACCGGCUCCCAAACAAACCUUCUUCAGAAAAAUAAUCUUCUGAAUGCACUACUUUUGAAUGAGAAGCAAACUGAUGAAAGCUAUCAAAUUUUUAUGCCUUACAGAUCAGAAGCUUGAGUAUUCGGACAUUUUCACAAGAAGUUAACCAGUAAUAUGUAGUUUUCAGCAUUUUUUUCUAAGAAAAAAGUUUGUCUGUUAUUUGGACCUUCAUUCCGUUAGCUUCACUUAAAGUGCUACUGCGACGAAAAUCGCAGUCUUUCUAAACGAAAUUUUUGGGCUCGAACUUAAUGUUUGGACUUAAACCUUCACGAAAAAAUGUAAUUCAGACCAAUCCGACGAAGCGGUUCCCACAAGAAAGAUGUCUGAAAGUGGGAAAAAUGGGUCCGCCAUUACAUAAACAACAAAUGUCCGAGUCAAAGGGGAGGGAUUGGAUCGAGGUCGCCUGUGACGUCAUCUUAUCCCCAAAACUCACCACCAUCUCGCUACAACUACUUCUAGCGUGUUAUUGUGUUGUCGUCUGUUCCGUGUUCUUCAUCCAUUUCUUCGAAAGACAGAUCUGAUUUAAAACAGUCGAACAGAAAGAUAUUUUGGACGGCAAUGGAACUGCUUUUAUCCCGUACGAUGAGGAUUUGGAGCCAAACGCGACCGUAGAAGCGGCCGCCGCAUUCGAGGAAAGCGUGAUUCUUGAAGAAGAUCGUAAUCUCGAGCUCCAAAGACAUUUUACUGGUGAAAUAGGCGCAUGGUAGGCAUUACUCCGAUUGAGUUUUUUUGUCGUUUUUUUUUUUUUUUUUUUUUCAUCGUACUGCGUUUCUGUUGUGAUGUAAUUUGCUGACAGCAGAAGGGAACCCAGUACAAGUAUCUAAAUUCUCUAACUCUGUGAAAUAAAAACAAUACUGAACGGAGCACAUGUCUCUUUUUGUUUGUUAAGUGCACUUGUUCGAACUGGUCCGUCGCCAUCAGGUCCCAUCACUACCAAAACGGACGAGUGUAUUUGCUGCAAAGAAAUGGACCGUGUAAGGGAAGUAUGGGUAAAGUAGAACGGGAAGGUGACUGCAUUUAAUACUCUUCAUCAAGAUCAAUCAUCCCAGUUUUCAGGAUGUUUGCCUGAACCGGUGGCUUCUUCAAGUUGCAUCGCUUAAUCUGAAGACGAAAACUGGAAAAAGUUACCGAAAUUUGUUCACUCAAGGUCUUAAAACGGAAUCAGAGUAAUUUAUUCACUCCUUGUUGUUUAUUUUGUUGUUAUUCGUCCUCUUGCUGUAGUUGUUGAAGUCAUAUGUUGUUCACCUGGGUGUCUUGUAGGUGAACCUGAAAUAUCUAUUUAUUUGGUAAAUAAGGUUGAAUUAUACUCAAACCCUUGUUGACGAAGAAAAUAUAAACUCCUAGCAGUAUAGACUUAUUUUUUUUCUUAUUAAUUUUCUAGAACCCUGAAAAAAAUUACUAUAAUUGGCCCAAAACUCCUAUAUAAAAUAAAGAAAAUAAAACAAGGAGUGUACACCAUUUACCUUACUGCAUGAUGAGAAAGAACAAGGUACAAUAAAAAACAAAAUCAAACAGUCCAGCAUACAAACAAGUAGAAAAGACCAAACUGGGGAUGGACUGAGUACAUAUUUUUUACUUCUGUAUAGGUUUCUCCGAUCAGUGUUCUACAGACAAUUUACUUGACUUGUUUGGGAUUUUGUUGGAAGUUCCAAGCCUUAUCCAUACCCAUGUUGUGCUUACAAAGCAAUAAGGACAGCUUUCCAAGUGAAAUUGGGGAACAUCAUGGCUUUGAAGAUGAUGAAUCAUAGACAAUCAUUGACCUGAUCGGUCAAUUAACUGGCAAUGUUAUUGGUUCUACAGUGAGCCACGUUGUUUUUUUCAGCUUUUGACAUGGACAAUUUAGGGAAAAUCUGUCAACACCACUGGAAUGAACACAUUACAAUACAGUUAACUAGACUUUCUAAAAGUCCUUUACAUUUUUUUUCCUGGUUGGCCACUGUGUGACCUUGUUGAAGCUUGCUUCGCUCACUAAGAACUUAUGAGAGGUCGACUUGUAGCAAGUCUAACAGUUAACCUGCCUAGUUUAAAAGUGUUAGGUCCUAAGUGAGGGAAGAUAGAGCUCUGCAAAGUUGCAAAAAUUUACACUCAGACGUUUGUAUGGUGGGGGAAAGUUUGUGUCCCCCACCAUACAAUUAAUGUCUGUAAAAUUUUGCAAUUUUGAUGAAUACUUGUUGUAUAGUUUCCAACAGAUCACUUUCAAACUUGGCAAUUGUACUGACUGAAAGGCACUCUUUCCAACAGAUUUUGCUUAACUUGCCCAUGUCAAAAGUUGAAAGCCGUGAAAAGACCUGUUUAUUUGUUAUUUGCUUUUCUCUCUUUGUAGAACCAAUAACAUGACAACUUAAUUCACCAAUCAGGUCAAUAACCAGUUUUAAUUUAAAAAUACCAUUAUAACUGACGUGAUACAACCUUCUUAUGAAAUGACUUCUGGGUUCAAAGCUUUCACAGUUUUAAGAAUAGUUUGUUAUUUUACUUCAACCUCUCUCCCUCGAGGUUCAUGUUAAGUGUGUGGCUCUGCUUUUGGGAGGGUUCAGGUUUCCUCCUCAGAUAACAUAAGGUUUUUCCUGACAGGCUGCACACAUGAGCAUACGUUUACAAGGUUAUCAAUCAAAGAACUAUACUUAAAAGUUUGUUACAUGGAGUAGAGGUGAUGCAAGAUUUAAAAGGAAGAGCAGGAGCUGGAGGAAAAACAAAAGGCUCUCCAAAGAAAGACAAAACAAAUAAAAACUGCGGUCAUUGAGGCAAGGUGGUUGGAUGCACAGUUUCAACUUAUGGCUGGGCAGCUACCCCCCUUGGCUAACCAUAUCUUGGCACAGGCAGAUGAAUAAUAUGUAAACCAGACAGAUAAAAGUAAAAAAACAGUCCCCUCUUCUUUUAAGAAAUUGUAUAUAUACAUUGGUUCCGUGAAAAAAGGAAAAAGCCUAAAAAGAAAAUGUAAUAAAAAUCACAUCAAUACCAAACAGAAAAGAGUAAAAAACAGUUACAGAUUGUUUUAAAAAUUGUACAUAAUUAUACAGUCAAUGAAAAAGGGAAUAACUCUUUUGAGAAAAUGCAUUUAUAUAGACAAUGGAAAAGGAUGAAUAAUUCUUCAAAAAUUUUUCCUAUUAUAUGUAGUCUUUUCAUAUGUCACUCCAUAUCGUCCUUUCCAACUCCUUCACCCUCUGCUUCUUUAACUGGCUUUCUUUAUGUAGCAAUCAGCAGUAAUACUCUUUAUUAGAAGAUCAUCAAAAGAAACAUCCCUUGUCAAUGCAGCACUUCUUGCAUCAUGUACUACAAGCCUUUUUCUCACCAUCUUUGAGGGAUUUCCAAAUGAGAAAGUAUUUGAAGUGACACCAGUCAGUAAUCAAAAUAAAUCAAAGAGUACCCUUUACCCCUUAUCAUUAAAUAAUUAUAACAUCAAAAAAUAACACUUGAAAGAUGAAAAGGGAGUUGGAGCACUCUAUCAAAAUAAAUCGCAAAAUACAAAUUAAUGAUCAUAAAAUCCAAGGCUGAAGGCCCCACCCACCAGCCUAAUUUUUGGAACAAACCAAAAUGAUAACAGGAUCUAGAGCAACAACACUACUCAUAAACAUAACCAAGUGGAAGCAUUUCCACUGUAAAGCUAUGACCAGAUACUAGCACUGCAAGAGGAAAAAUAUCAAACUAGCAGCAGGCCCCAUGGCAAGAAAAUUUUGAACAAUGGCACUUCAUGUGGCUGGCUAUGAUGGAGGGACAAUGUCUAAAUAAAAUACAAAGAUGGAAGUGGUUUGAACAAACUAACCCCCUCAAAUAAUUACCUACAAUGAAAGGAAACUGUGCCAUUUGUGAACUACUGCUAUGGUUAUUGUACUACUAGCUGUAUGGUUAUUGAACUAUAUAAUUAUUCUGUCUUGACUGAACUGCACCUACAGGAAAAUGAAAACUGAACUAGCAGGCCUCAAGGCAAGAUAAUUUUGAACAGUGAUACUUACGAUCACUUACUGUAAAAUAGGAACAAUGUCUAAAUAAAGUAAAAUACAGAGACUAAACAACUUUAAUAUACGUUUUUUUUUUAACUAUUGCUAUGGUUAUUGAACUACUGUGUGGUCAUUGAGCGUCUUACUGAACUUCACAUACUGGAAAGUGAUCACUGAACUGCACCUACAGAAAAAUGAAGACUGAAUCAAUGAUUUCAUUGUCAACUAAGAUUUCACAGUUCAGUAUCCAUAAAUGAUUUUUACGAGUUCAGCGACUGCAGCGAAUACGACCAAAACAGACUACUAAAAAAUUAGCCCCUUUUCUAAUUUUCGGUCGACAUUUUUUACCGCCGCGAAGUUACGCGAAACACAACAAAAUACUAGAUUGGGCGAUCGUUUCUUGACAUCUCUGUUUAUUUCUCCGUCAGUGUGUAUAUAACUUAAGUUUGUGUUUUCGAAAAAAACCGUACUAAUGAUUUGUAUCUUGCCCUUUCUAUCCCGGCUCCAAACUGAAAAUUAUGACACGAUCCCACAAAGCAAGAGUCAAAGGGCUAUGAGUGUUAACUCACCAUAAGCCGGCUUCUCGCGGACAUGACACUGGACUUGCCAGGUACGUUAUUUUUACAAAUAGUUGGAUUUGCUCCGGGAAUUCCUCUUCUACGUUCUUGCAGCGUCUUUUACGUGAACUUGCCUCUCGAAGCAAUCGGACGUGAAAUUAAUACAGAGCUCCUUGAGGUUGAAGUUCUCGCUGCACGUUCGAAAAAUGCGUUCCACAGCGCUCUUUUGCCUGUGCAAAGAAAUUCCCUUUUUCGGAUUGGAGACUGUUGCUGCAGUCCUGGACAACGUAGCAACAAGGGCAUCUUUGCUCGAUGAAACUGACCAAGAAGAGUUACCAAGAAGAACUUUUCUUUCAGCCUCUGGGGAUAAGAUGACGUCACAGGCAACCCCGUCGACCUCGAUCCAAUCCCUCCCCUUUUGCUCCGACAUUUUUAGUUUCGGUAAUGGCGGACCGCCACUGAAGAAAAACACGGCUUAGAAAAUCGGACUUCCAGUGAGAACUAGGAUCUCAAAUUUGGUAUGUGUAUUUAUUAGCUAUCAAACAUUCUAAAAAUCGUAAAACACAAAUAAUGCUUGAUUUGAUCACAGUAGCACUUUAAAUUCCUUAUUUCAUCAUUGUGAGUUGACUUUCAAGACAAAGGCAUUUAUAAUCAAAAGGUGAACACUGAAUUAUUGUACUAGUGUGUCAAGAGUAUCUUACCAGGUCUACUUAAUAGUUCACAAUUUUACGGUUGUUUGUUGGUUUUGUUAAAUAACUAUAGCUGGUUGCAAUGAAUAAUUUAUUAACUUACAGUGUAAUUAAGAAAGGAAUAAUCAAUUAAUGGUUUUUAAUUCUGCACGCGAAAACAUUUUUUCGGGCUAGUAAAAAUGACUUUCGGGCUAGUAGAUGUUAGUUAAAGCUUGCCCAAAGGGCAAGCUGUAAAAUUGACUUUCUUUGCACCCUGCUGAGUUGAAAGAAAGAUUAUAAGGGAUGCGCAUCUUUUGCUGGUCAGGAGCCCAUAAUCCGGAGAAGGCAACUUCCGUGCGCUUGUGUCACGACGUUUUCAAGGACCAGUUUAUUUUUAGAACGGUUUUGGCGCGAACUUUGAAUAUCUUUUAAAUUUCACAAACUAGUCAGCAAAACCCACAGACCUAAAAAUGGUAUUUUCUGCCUUUUAAUAACGUUUAGGUUUUCGUUUUGAAAUCUUAUACUUCGAAUGCGCUCAUAGAUGUGGCGGAGAUUUUAUUUUCGCGGGAAGAAGUGCCCGUUAAAAUGUGUCUAAAAAUAAACUGAUCCGUAAAAACGUCGUGACAUACAGUAGGCCUAGUAUGGAAGUUGCUCGCUCCGGGUUAUGGGUUCCUGGCUGGUGUGUUUAUUCUAAACUUCGAUAUUGGGCUUAUUUUUCACAACAGAGUGUCGCGACCGAGUACCUUCACUUAACAGAAGACAACAACCGUGGCAGAAAAGAUUACUACCUUGUUCCACAUGAUUCAGACCCCACCGUUCCUGUGACGAGAGCAGAUGUUUAUGACAGG